UGAUAAUUAGAAGCCCUGCAUUAAUUUUCUGUGUUUUUCAGGUCAAACAAAACAAGAUGCUUUGGCAAAUCAUCCCAACCACAUUUGUGCUGAUGGACUUCCUUCAGGUGGCAGCUGCCCAUUGCAUGGUCCAUCCAGUUCCUCCCAGGAAUUUCACACUGCCCUGUGUGCUGCUGAAUGAGACCUUUUUGAGCCCUUUUUCUGCUGGCAGCUGGAGGAGAGAACUUGGAGCAUCCAAAAUCAAGCCUUUAAUGAAUGAAGAAAAUUUUCUGUGUUGCCUUUGGAGUGCCAGCAACAUUGAUUGUUCUUUGUACACAGCAAGCAUGCAGGCAAGGAAGUUUAUUCCUUCAGAAAUAAAUCUCUCUGCUCCUCAGCAAAUAGAUUGGAGCUGGAACAUGGAAUGUUGGAUUAGAGGCAAGCUGGACCUGUUGGUUUGUAACCUGCAGCUUUUGAAACUUGACCUGAGAGCUGACCUGAAGGUGAAUCUUUUCUACUCUGGAUCAGAGGUGUCCCUGGGAGCUGCCUCCACACGUUCUGUGCAGGGCACGGUGAGGGAGGCUCCGUGUGACUGUGGGCACCAGGCCAGCUGUGAGUGCCUGCUGGCCUCCCCCAGCCUCAACCACACCUACCUGCUGUGGCUGCAGCUGCUGGCAGGGCCCGCAGCCCUGGGCUCCCCCCUGCUGGCCCUGCAGCCCAUGGACAUAGUGAAGCCUGAAGCCCCCGUGGAGCUGCACCUGGAGCUGGCUGAGAGGGGCCAGGUGAAGCUCUGCUGGUCCAGCCCUGCCCUGCUGCCCUUCCCUCUGCAGCACCAAGUGAGGAUCUCUGCUCCUCCAGGGCAUGGGGACAGCCAGCUGCUUCAGGUGGCUGUGGAAAGCUCAGUGGCCAUAGACAAUGCCCUGCUGGACUCUCCAUCCUCAGUGCAAGUGAGGAGCAGGAAUCUCCAUGGUCCAGGCUUCUGGAGUGACUGGAGCUCACCCUACAACCUCACUUUGGGAGCUCAAGUCCUGUACUUCCCUGCCAAGGCCCUGACCAGUGCUGGCUCCAACAUUUCAUUUCUGUGCAUCUAUAAAAACAGAACUGAGCCUGUAGAGGCCAAGGAGGUGGUUUGGUGGCUGAAUUUAGCAGAGGAAAUCCCAGCCAGCCAAUAUUCCCUUGUGAACAACCAUGUAAGCAAAGUUACUCUUUUCAACCUGGCAGCAACCCAACCCAGAGGAAGUUUCUUCUCUCAUGCUCUGUACUGUUGUCACCAAAGCAGGGAGUGUCACCACAGAUAUGCUGAAUUCUAUGUAGUAGACAUGGAUUUUAAUAUCUCCUGUGAAACUGAUGGAUACUUGACUAAAAUGACUUGCAGGUGGUCUGCAAACCCAACCACCUUGCUGCUGGGGAGUUUGCAGUUAAGAUAUUACAGGAGCCAAAUUUAUUGCUCUGAUUUUCCAAGCCUGUCUCCAAACUCAGAGGUGAAAGAAUGCCAUUUGCAGAGGAAUCAUUCCUAUGAGUGCACAUUCCAGCCCAUUUUCCUUUUAUCUGGAUAUACCCUGUGGAUAGAGUUUAAACAUUUCCUGGGAACUCUGGAAUCCUCCCCAACCUGUGUCAUUCCAGCAGAUGUGGUGAAGCCUCUCCCUCCUUCUGAGGUGGGAGCAGAGCUCAGCAGGAAUUCCUGGGGGCUGCUGAACGUCAGCUGGACCAAGCCUGUCUUUGCCAGCAGGGAUCUGACAUUCCAGAUCCGCUGGAGCCCGGGGAGCAGGGAGGAUGUUCCAUGGCAGCUAUAUGAAGUCCCAGACCCUGCAGGCAGCUGGGCUGUGAUAAAGGUGGAGCAGCUCUGUGUGGAGUACGUGGUGCAGGUGCGCUGCAGGGAGUUGGAUGGAUCUGGAUACUGGAGUGACUGGAGCAGAGCAGCCCAAACCCUGGUUCAGGACAUCAGAGCUCCCUUGCAAGGCCCAGAAUUUUGGAGGAUCAUUUCUGAGGAUCCAGCGAGGAAGCAGAGGAAUGUGACACUCCUGUGGAAGCCCCUGCUGGAGAACCACUCGUUGUGCAGUGUGAGCAGGUACAUCAUAAAGCACCAGACCCCAGGGAACACCUCCUGGGAGGAAUUUGUGGAUCAUGGCACCAGCUGGACUUUUCCAUGGGUUGAGCCAACCCACACUGUCACCAUUUUAGCCAUGAAUUCAGUUGGAAUUUCUGCAAUUAAUUCUAAUUUAACUCUAUCCCAGCAAAUGAGCACAGUGGAUGCUGUGCAAUCCCUGAGUGCUUACCUGGUGAACAGCACCUGUGUGGUUGUGGUUUGGACUCUCUGCCCCCAAAUCCCUGGGAUAAAAUCCUUUGUGAUUGAGUGGAAGAACCUGAACAAAGGGGAGCAGAUGAAGUGGCUGCAAAUUCCUCCAAAUCUCAGGAAAUAUUUUAUUUAUGAUCACUUUAUCCUGAUUGAGAAGUACCAGUUCAGCCUCUACCCUGUGUUUGCUGGAGGAGUUGGCAAAGCCAGAGCCACGGAUCAGUUUGUCAAAGGAGGAUUUGAAACUGGGAAUAGUGGCAGCCUCCACCUGGUUCUGCCAAUUGUUUUCUCCACCUCAGUUCUGCUGCUGGGAGCAGUGCUGGUUUCACACCAAAGGAUGAAGAAGCUGCUCUGGGAGGAUGUUCCCAACCCCAAGAACUGCUCGUGGGCACAGGGAGUGAAUUUCCAGCAGCCUGAAACUCUGGAGCAUCUCUUUGCCAAGCACCCCGAGCCAGUGUCCUGUGAGCCACUCCUCCUGGAGGCAGAGGUGGUGCUGCAAGACCUCAGCAUCACCAAGUGCUCAGAAAAAGAAGAGCCAGGGGAUUUUUUAGGGAUUGAUCCCACAUUUCCAAGCCCCCAGGACUCAGAGUGUGACUCAGCAUGCUCCAGCAGCCACUUCCAGAGCAGCAGCUUCCCCAGGAGCUGCCAGGAUGGAGGGAGCAGAGCUCAGUGUGACCUCAGAUACGCCACGGUCAUCAGCAAUUCCCAAUCCGGCCUCUGCCGGAGGAAAACCAACCCCAGGAGCUCUUUGGAUGGCUGCUUCCCAGGGGAGCAUUCUGUGGGGCUAGGGCCCUUCUCCAGUGCUGCUUGGCAGGUUGGGAGUGCAUUCCUGGUGUUCCCUGCCCAGCCCAGCAGGGCUCAGUCCCUGGUUUCCUCAGAGGGAUUCUCAGAGCCUCUGGAUGGAGCUUUGCCAGGCAGUGCUGAGAGGAGCCUGUAUUACCUGGGGAUAACAUCCCUGGAAAAGGGACAGAGGGACCUCUUCCUGGAGAAAAACUCCACAGAUCUGCUCACAGAGGGGGUGCUUCUGCAGCACAUCCCAGCAAAUGUCAAGGAGCUCAUCCAGAGCAGCCUCAAGCCCAAAGCCACCGUUCCCUACGUUCCACAGUUCCGGGUGGCUACAGCCAAAGGGCAGGAGGCCACGGAGAAAAAGUGACAGAAUCACCCCCAAAUUCCACAUUCCUCAAGUUUUUCCAGGUCUUAAUGCAUUCCUCUGUCUCCCCUCUCUUGAUUUAUCCAGCUUGUUCUGGUUUUAGGCUUCACCUGGAGCACCCAAGGGUGAGAGAGCUGAUCCAAGGCCCGGAAUAUUUCUGUGCCAUUUCCUUGGGAAUGAUUUCUGACAUGGAGUCAGCCUGGAUGUGGUUGGAAGGAAUGGAUCAAGGAGUGAAAGGCAGGAAGAGGAUCCAAAUUCCUGUGUCUCCAUUAAUUGGAUAAAUGGUGUAUUUGAAGUAAAGUAUGCACAUUUCAUUGUUGAACACAAGAUUGCAAAUGGUGCAGUUUUACACUGACACCUCUUCCCAAGCUCUUUCCUAGGAUUCCCUGGGAGAAAAGACAGGAAUUGGAUCCUGCAUUUUUGGUUUUGGGGGUCAGAACUGUCUGUAUGGCCUUGGAGAAGUCACUUUGUCUCUACAACCCUGCCAGGAAGCCUCAGGUGGGAGGAAAUCAGGUCUGAAUUUUCUGGGAGAAGCAGGAAAACAAGCCCACUUACAUUUGCAAGCCAAAGCUAUUUUUUAUUUGUUUUUAUUUCAUAGUUCACAAGUAUUUUUCUACACCUGCCUUUUCAGAGGACUAUUUUGAGGAGUGAAGGAGGAUGAAUUCAUUGUGUAUUCCAAAGAAUAAAUUUCUGUCAAACUUCAGAGAGACAAAACCAAAAGGGCAAAACUGAUGUUAAAAACCAAAGCAAGGGUGAAUUUAAACCCAGCUUAAUACAAAACCCCACUGCUGGUUUUUGUUAAGCUGCUGACCUGCCUCUUAUGGGGCUCUUUGAUUCUGGAUGUGACACAGGUCUGAUGUUCUGGUUUACAAAAUAUUGUGUAGGGUGAGGAAUUAAAACCUGUUUUGUGUUAGGAACCAAAAUUUGUCACUGAGAUUGGAGAAAAACCUGCAGGAUCCUGUGGCAUUCCAGGCUGAUGCUGGGUUCAGGAUUCACUUCCUGCUGUUGGGAAGGGACAGGAGAGCCCAGUUCUCUGGAGAAUGGAAUGGUCCUUUCAUGGAAGUGUCCAGAAAAACGAUUUGGUUGUGUUUGAAAAGCAUCUUUCUCCAGAAAUAAAAAG